AUGCUCUCCAUCGUCAUCGCCCGUCUCACCUGCUCCAGCCCAUCUCCCCGUAGCCGCUCCCAAAUCCAGCGCAUCUCCCCUACUCCUGCUCCAGCCGUCUCACCUCCGCAACAUCUCCCACCAGCCGUAUCUCCUCCGCAGCAUCUCCCACCGGCAGUCUCACCUUCGCAGCAUCUCCCACCAGUCACUACCCUGCUCGACGUGAGGUGA